GCAGAACUCACUUUUGUCAAAGUUUCAUAUUUAAAACUUUUUUUUUUUCCUUUUUUUCCUCAUUAUUUUACAAAAAGGACCACAACUAUUGGAUACACGAACGAAGAAGAAAGGACCACUUAAAGUAGCCUUAAAACUUUUUUUUUUUCAAUUGUGAGCGUUUUGCGUCUUAGAAUAAAAAAGCCACCCGGAACAAAGAACAUUUGCUUUAUAACGCUUGAAUAAAGCCCUUUUCUGUUCCAACCACUUGAACAUCUUGAACAUAUUUGUUGAAGCUUUAUGUAUUUGGAGUCGUCCCUGGUGUGCAGCUGCUCUACUAUGGUCAUUAUGGAGGUGGCCAGCAUCGACUGCGCGUCCCUCCGCGGCCAGCUGCAGGGCUCCGGCCCGGGCUGCCUGCUGCUGGACUGCCGCUCCUUCCUGGCCUUCAACGCGUCCCACGUGGCGGGGGCCACCAACGUGCGCUUCAGCACCAUCGUCCGCAGGAGGGCCCGGGGCGGGCUGGGGCUGGAGCACAUCGUCCCCAACGAGGACACCAGGAGCCGGCUGCUCUCCGGGCAGUACCAGUCCGUGGUGCUGCUGGACGAGCGCAGCUCCGACCUCGGCCAGGCCAAGAAGGACGGCACGCUGAUGCUGGCUGUGGCAGCCCUGUGCCGCGCCCCCUGUGGAGUUACUGUUUUUAUUCUUAGAGGUGGAUUUGAAGCAUUUUCCUCAGAGUAUCCAGACAUGUGUACUAAACCCUCGCCUCCACAAGGACUCAGUUUGCCACUGAGCUCCAGACAUCCUGACAGUGCAGAUUCAAACUGCAGUCCCUGCAAUACACCUCUGUAUGACCAGGGGGGUCCUGUGGAGAUCCUGCCAUUCUUGUACCUCGGCAGUGCUUACCAUGCAUCCAGAAAAGACAUGCUGGACAUGCUGGGGAUCACCGCUCUUAUCAACGUGUCUGCCAACUGCCCCAACCACUUUGAAGACUCCUUCCUCUACAAGAGCAUCCCCGUCGAGGACAACCACAAAGCUGAUAUCAGCUCCUGGUUCAACGAGGCGAUUGAGUUUAUUGACUCUGUGAGAAAUAAAGGCGGCCGUGUGUUUGUGCACUGUCAAGCUGGCAUCUCCCGCUCCGCCACCAUUUGCCUCGCUUACCUCAUGCGCACCAAUCGCGUGAAGCUGGACGAGGCUUUUGAGUUUGUCAAGCAGCGGCGCAGCAUCAUUUCUCCCAACUUCAGCUUCAUGGGUCAACUCCUCCAGUUCGAGUCCCAGGUUCUGGCCUCGUCCACCUGCUCCGCCGAGGCAGGCAGCCCAGCUAUCGGCAACAGCAGCACAGUGUUCAAUUUCCCCGUGUCCAUCCCUGUACACGCCUCAGCCGGUCAACUCUCCUUCCUCCACAGUCCCAUCACCACCUCUCCCAGCUGCUGAGGGAGGUGUGGGGAGUAGAAACUCUUUUGGACUUGAACUCACGAUUGUCUGCACAGAGAACGUCACAAAACACGGUCCUGGUCACAAUCCUUAUGUGCAUUUAUAGUGAUGCUGGUGUCACUAGAGAGAAUGGAUGCCACUGGGAAGGGCCAGUUCAUUUGACUCUGCCAGCCUGAUCAUUUCAAAGGGAGGUUUGAUAUCUACCAUUAGGCAGUAUUGAUGUUCAAUUUUCUUAACGUGAAACGUAUUCACAAUUUUAAAUUUGAAGGACUUUGCAGAUGUCUGAAAGAGAGUUAAUCCUGUAAGGGAGACUAGAGUAUUGUUUUGUUUUUGUUUUUGCUUUUGAUAAUCACAAUAAUUUUAAACAAAAAGGAGAGGACUAUUGUUAGCUUCACCUCCUGAAAGUGCUUUCUGCUUUCUGCACAUGUCAAAAAGCAGUUUAAACCUAAUGUCCAACAUGGGAUGGAAGUUACUCAGUCAUGUGAUGAUCAAUGAAUGUAUUCCCCUUCUUCAGGGCAGAUGUGGCAAAAAUCUUCAUGUUCACUUGUAGAGCUGAAUAUGUUGCAGAUUCAAAUCCAAUUUCUUUUUUUUUUGUUGCCUUUCAAAACAUCACUGACAAUCCUGACAUGUUGGGGAAACCAACCGUGAAAUACCUCAUGUUUCUGUACUGUGUACUGCAGCAUCGAGAUGGACAGAACCCCCAAAACGACUAAAAUGGGGCCAAGAUGUCCUCUUUGACUGUAUUCUGACAUAUUUAUUUACUAAAGUAAUAUAUUUCUAUUUUUACACGUCUGUUUUUAAAUGUGGUUUUUAUACAUCUGAAUAAAUCUCAUUUGAGUUUUUUA